AUAGCACUUACCUUGCCAACGGCAAUAAGGUGUGCAUUUAUUAUUAACGGUUCUUUUUGAUUUUUUUGUCCAUAACUGAAACAUCUCAGGAAUUAGAAUUGACGUUCAAAACACUUUCAGAAAGAAAAAAUGAUUCAUCAACUUCUACUAACUUGUUUACUUUUGGUAUCUCCAUCAUGGUGCGGCCUGACUCCUCCAGAGUUUUACCACUCUCGUCGAAAACUCGUGCUUCCAGAAUGAUGAAGAAACAGGGGCUUUGAAGAUCAAUGGCCAGAAAUAUCCCCUUGCCAGUACGCUGGAGAAUUUUAUUGCCUUGGCGGAAAAGUUUGAGAUGGAAAACGAAGGAAUUGGGUUGAAAAAUGAACUAUUUUAUUUCAUUAGGAGAUUCAUUUUUGACAAUAUCCAGUUUGGGAAGUUUGGCAUUACGACAUGGAAGCCGCUAAAUACAGAUUAUAGUAACGUAGAUGAUCUUUGGGAGCCAGACGAAGACUUUCGGAAGCAAACUCCACAAGUGAGAGAUCCUUUCACCGAAGACGAGAAAUGCAGUCUUUUCUUCAUGCUGUCUCAUUCUGUAAUCGAAGCAGCUAAAUCUGUCGCUCAGCCAUCGUACGGUCAAAGAUCUGCCUCCAAUCUCAUGAAAAUACAGCGAUCCUACACAAAUGCGACGUUUGAUAACAUACCCAGGACUACAACCAACAUAGAUGAGUUAUAUCCUCAGGAACAAGGUGUAGUUGCCAUUUUAGGUUCAGAAACAGCAGUAUCAUUAGGUCGAGUUAUUACUGGAAUUUACGUGGGUCUAAACGAAAACCGAAACCGAAGACGAAAUUUGGAUUCAUUUUCUAAGAUUCAAAAAAAUCCUCCACCGAAUGCAUUACCAGCAGAUCAAAUGGUAGAUCCAUUGUAUUCGUUGACAAUUGCAGAAAUUCUUACAAUAGCUGGGUGGAAAUUUGAAGAGAAAGAUAUGCUAAGUCCCAACGGCAAAUGGAAAUCAACAUCAACCAAACAAGAUGACGAAGUUGUUGCUAAAAUUUGCCCUAUGAUUUACAAGCUUGAUAGCGCGGAUUCAGCUUAUACGUAUUCUUCUGUCCGCGGUGCUGCAGAUGGUCUUAUUUUGGGUAAAAUCUCGUCAAACUUGGUGAAAGGGAACAGGGACAUAAGACUGAGUCAACUUCUUCGAAUGUACUACAGCCGAGGAGGAAUCGUAGAAAAAUCUGAGGAUCAAACUGAAAUCAGAGCUUCAUUCUGUUUGAGAGCAGCCAACAUGGAGAAGCUAGAGGAAACACUAAAUCAGCAAAUUUUGCUUUUCGAAUACCUUGUUUCCUCAAACUAUGCUCAACUGGACGAAAUUCAUAGGGAUUCCUGGAAAUACUAUACUGAACUGAAAAAUGAGAUUUACAGGGCGAGCGAAGAAAUUAAAAACUACUGCGAUGCUCCAGUAGGAUUGGAUAAACCUGAAAACCUUCCAUUGGAGACUCCUCUAGAUGUAGUUGUAGUCCUAGAUUCCUCCGCCGGAGAAGAGACCUUCCGCCAGCAACAGAUAAUAAUUGGACAUGUUGCUAAACAAAUGGACUUGCGCCACUCUGGAAGCCGUAUGAUUGUUUUGAAGGAUGUCAGAUUGCCAACUAAUGGAGCAGAUGGAAAAAUUGAGUUGGAAACUGCAAUCAACGAGACGUAUUCAUCUAGCUGUGCAGCUUGCGAGAUCCUUCAAAUCACUCCCUCUAGCAGGGGCAGCAUUGCUUCUAGAGAUCAAGUGAUUUUUGCCAUUGAUCAGUUCUUAGAAGAGAGGAAAAAGAAUGAAACAAGAUUCCACGGAGCGGCGGGAAAGGUAGUCAUAUACUUUAACUUUGAUGAAGAUAUCCAAGUUUCUCAAGGAAAUAAAGAUUACCAGAGAUUACUCACUGCCCUGAAAAAUUUUCAUUUACAUCAUCAAGAUGCUGCAUUUUUUGCCGUUGGGAGGAAUUCAGAAGUAUUGCAACGGUUUGCCAAACAAGACAUCGCAUUUGUCAUGACUGUAGCAGAAGGCAGUGAUGAAACCAUAGGAAAUAAUCUUUACAAGAAGAUUAUCCAAGCUCCGGCCCGUCUACAGUAUACUGAUUGCGAGGAGGCUAAAAGUGAAAAUACUGCUGUAUUCGACUACUUCGUUUCGCCAAACGUUAUUCAACAUUGGGAAAUACCCGCAGAGUACUUGUAUAAAAGUCGAGGAAUGAAAUUUUUCUUUGAGUCUCAGUAUGGAUCUAUUCGUGUUUGUCACAACAGAGCGAACAGGAGCCCUGAACUGAGAGCGAGUAACUGUCAAGACGUAAUUACAAAUAAAUUGGAACUUAAAGACUCCAAUCCUUGCCAGAGCGCUACUGUGACUACCUGUUCACCCUAUUUUUUCUCUGUUAUUGGCAUAAAUUCCACUGAUGAAAAGUCAAGAGGUUUCUGUGUCGACAAUAGAGAUGCAAAAUGCAGAACAUUGGAUCAAAUCAAGUUCAAAUUUUCCCAUGAAGGUUUACGAUGCAGUGGAAGUAUCAACGUGGUAGCUGUGCCUGCAAUUCUUUUACUUGGACUACUAAUUUCACGAAUGUUUUCACAGCAUUCUUAAACUUUUGCCGCCAUUUCAUUAAAAAAAAAAAAAAAAAAACUGUUGAUUUCUUAAAUUGCAUGCAAAAUUGAACUGUUCAUACCAUUAAUAUGAAAGACUGCCAACACAUUACAUGAUUAAGAUUUUGUGUUAUAAAAUUGCCAUCACAAAUCUAAACUUUUUUUUAACUUUUCGAAGCUAUUUCAUUGAAUAUGUAUUUUUAUGUUUAUACAUAGCACUUACAUGUAUUAAUUUAAAAACUGUUUUGGUAUGUGCAGAAAGAGCUUCUGUUUAGAAGAAAAAAAUAUUUUUGUAUCUCGAAAACAACUUUUACGUUAUUUCUCUGUUUUAAAUAUUUAUUUGUCAUUUCAGAAACGAAAUUUUUUAAAUCGCUUCCUCUCAGCUGUGUAUAUAUUUAUAUAAACAGCAGAAACAUUUGUGUAAAAAUUUAAGCAAUAAAACAAAACAGAGAAAUUAAACGGACAGAUGAAAGUGACAAAACGAAUUAAAAACCAUGUUUAGUAACAAGUUCUUAACUCUUAUUAUAGUAAGACUGAGCAUUGUUGGCACACGGCGGAAGAGUUUAAAAUUUUAAAUUCGUUGGAAUUAAUUGGGAGGACAGUAACCGUGAUCUCCAUAUUAAAGACUUCUACAGUUUGCGGGGGGUUUGGCGGUUGGUUUUAGUUAAAAUUUAUUUCUCAUUGUCAACGAACAGCAACGCUUCAAGAAAAAGCUUGUUUCACCGUGUUUGAACUUAGCAACCCUCAUUUCUCUUGUUUUCAACCGGAUUCGAAGUUGACUAGUCCGAGGACGAAUGCCAACAACCCAGAGGUUGACUAGAUCCCAUUAUUCAAAUUUGUCUCUUUCUUCUUCUUAUAUUUCUUCUGUAAUGCAAGUGAAGUAACUAUAACGUACGGAGAAUAAACAUUUUGUGCUCAAAAUUAUUUUUUCCUUAGUAUACCGAAGAUCAGUGGGUUUUUUCUCCUUUCAAUAAUAUGUAGUGGUUUUACGCUUUGCUUUAAUAGCGUUGUUUGUGUUCAACUUUUUUACAUUAAAAAUUGCAUAUGUAUAUAUUUUUUAAAAAGAGGCGUACGUGGUAUUGCAUAUUACAAAUUAUUGACACUGAACUCUUAUCUAUUGAUUUUCUGACUUUGAUAAUAAAAUAGUUUUUUUUUU